AGUACUUGUAAUUAAGUUGAUUACCACUAUAAUUCUGUUUCUUACAGGAACAGAGAAAAUAGAGGGUGUGAGAAAUGGCUCUAAGAUGGGUUCUCCACUCAGCUUGCCAUGUUUUGGGGUACCCUACGAGGAACAUAGAAGAAGAGGAGUGCAAGAAGAUUGAAGGUUACUCAAAUAUUGGAGAGGCCAAAAGCGUGAAGGGGUUAUCCCUUGCAAACAAUUUCAAUGAGGUUGAUCAGUGCUAUCCUUGUUCAGGGUUUCAAAUGCCACUUCACUAUCCACGCUACACCAAACAAGACUAUGAGAGCAUGGAGGAGUGGAAGGUGGACUUGCUUCUUAAGCAAUAUGGGUUAAGUUUCAAGGGCACCCUUGAUGAGAAGAGAGCUUUUGCAAUGGGAGCAUUCUUGUGGCCCGAUCAAGAUUAGUUGAGUUUUUCCCUAAAGUCUUUAUGCUAAUAAAAUGUUUAUGGAACGAGGUAAAAUUGUUUGCAAUGUAAGCUUGUGAAGAAUUACUAAGUGAGUCCAAUAAUAUCAAAGGUCUCUCGCUCUUGGUUUUACCACUUUUAUGCGUUAAAAAAAAUGCUAAAAAAAUGUAUUAGUUUCAAGUUUUGUAUACUUGACCGUGGCAUGAAACACAUGAAUAAUUUCUCUCUUAUUUUGAUAAUACCAUAAUGAAUGUGUCUACGAUUGUA